CGUUUUCAAUUGCACAGUCUCGUCGCGAUCGUUCAUCAAAGCGUUUGCCACCAAAAAACAUACGCGCUCAACGCUUAACUCUCAACAAUAAUUAUUAAUCAUAAAUAAUAAUAAAUAAUUGUGUGGUGGCAAUUAAGAAUAUAUUUUGUGUUUGACUACGGCUUCCACGUACCUACAUGCGUUGUCUAUUUGAAAUAUCCUAAAUAAAAUUUACAAAAAUUAAUAAGCAAGCAGACUAAUAAAAAAUACCAUAAAAAACACAAGCAAACAAAAUGAACGCCAUCGAUAUUCUUUUGGAUCGUGUCCGUGGCCACCAAAGAGCGCCAUCCGACUCCAAAGAAUUCCACGAAGUCACCAAACGUGACGCACUAAAAUCACUCGAAAAUGAAUUGGAACGCUUGCAGGAAACUGCACCGGCAGAGAAACGUUCGGAAUUGCAGAAGGAAAUGGCACGCUUCGCCGACUUAUUCGGACGCUUCUUGCAAGAAGAGGGUCCUUCCAUUGAAUGGGAGAACAUACAAAAACUGCCAGCAAACGCCGUUAUGGAUUACUCCAAGCUUAAUUCGCCCAAAAAUGAGCAGAUACGCACAAUGUUAGACAAAUUGGUUGUGGUUAAGCUGAAUGGUGGUCUCGGCACUUCUAUGGGUUGCCAUGGUCCCAAAAGUGUUAUACCCGUGCGCUCCGAUCUCACGUUCCUCGAUUUAACGGUGCAGCAAAUUGAGCAUUUGAAUAAGACCUACGAUGCCAAUGUACCACUGGUGCUGAUGAACUCAUUCAACACCGAUGAAGAUACGCAGAAAAUUAUACGCAAAUACACCGGUUUCCGUGUACAGAUUCACACAUUCAAUCAGAGCUGUUUCCCGCGCAUAAGCCGUGAAUCGUUUUUGCCCGUUGCUAAGGACUGCGAUGUGGAGAAGGAUAUUGAUGCCUGGUAUCCACCUGGUCACGGUGAUUUCUAUGAUACCUUCCGCAAUUCUGGUCUGCUCAAGAAAUUCAUCGAUGAAGGUCGUGAAUAUUGUUUCCUCUCGAAUAUUGACAAUUUGGGCGCCACUGUCGAUUUGGCUAUACUGAACAAAUUGGUUGGUGAGGAACGCUCUGCUCAACCAGUUGAAUUUGUGAUGGAGGUUACUGACAAAACACGCGCUGACGUUAAGGGUGGUACUCUUAUUAAUUUUGAAAACAAACUGCGACUGCUGGAAAUCGCACAAGUGCCAAAGGAGCAUGUUGAUGACUUCAAAUCGGUGAAAACAUUCAAAUUUUUCAACACUAACAAUAUCUGGGCCAAAUUGGAUGCUAUCGAUCGUGUGCUCCGCGAACGUACGCUCAACAUGGAGAUCAUUGUGAACAACAAGACAAUGGAGAAUGGUGUUCGCGUUGUACAAUUGGAGACAGCCGUAGGUGCUGCCAUGAAAUGCUUUGAUGGCGCUAUCGGUAUCAAUGUGCCUCGUUCACGUUUUUUGCCCGUGAAAAAGACUUCCGAUUUACUGUUGGUUAUGUCCAAUUUGUAUCAUCUGAAGAAUGGCAGUCUAGUAAUGUCACCACAGCGUAUGUUCCCCACCACACCAUUGGUGAAAUUGGGUGAAAAUCAUUUCUCGAAAGUGAAAGAGUUCCUCGGUCGUUUCGACAAAAUCCCAGAUAUCAUUGAGCUGGAUCACUUGACGGUGUCUGGUGAUGUGACCUUUGGACGUGGCGUGUCGCUUAGGGGUACUGUUAUCAUCAUUGCCAAUCACGGUGAUCGUAUUGAUAUACCGGCUGGUGCCAUUCUCGACAAUAAGAUCGUUUCCGGUAAUAUGCGUAUUUUGGAUCAUUAGAGACCAUGCUUGUCGUCGCCGAUGCUGUUCAAAAACAACGCAAAGACUUCCUUAUGAGAAAAUAUCAGGAAUUAUUUCAUAGAGUAGUCAAUCGCAUAUUUUUAUAAGUCAAGUUCAGGUAAAAACGAAAACAAAAACGAAAACAAAAAGGAAGACAAUAUCGUCUUAUCAUGCAAUAUACAAUAAUAAGAAAGAAAUUAACGCAAAUCAAUGCGCAAGCCACAAAUGCUCACAUUCGCAUUCGGCAGUGUUUAUAUUAGCGAAAUUCAAAUUGUUCCAAACUGUUCUGUCGUUACUACUAGUAGAGUUUAAUCGGAAAAAAGUGUGAAAGAAAUUAUGUUCGUUUUAAGUGCAAUUAAGAAUUUCAAAUUCCCACAGUUUAUUUGUAAAUAAGUAGUAUACAUACAAAAUAACGGUGUGUUAUUUAUAUAGUACUUUAAAAUUUAUUUUUUUUAUCUAAUUGCGUUUACGUUUGCCCAGUUGUUUUGUAUUAUUGAGUUUUUGCUUUAACUGACAUUUAACGGUGUAUUUUUCGUAUAAUUUGUAAACCCAAAUGUAAACUUUUUGUAACUACAUAUUAAAGUGGCAUAGCACACACACAUACACAUACAUAUAUACGCGUAGGCUUAGCAAGCAAAACGCAAAAUUUACUUACAUAUAUUAUAUAUUAUGUAUGCAUACCUAAAAUCAGAUUGUUGUACAAUUUUUAGAAGUAAAAUAAAAAGCAAAAUAAAAAUAUUACAAAAAUUAUA